AUGAUGCACACAGAAAUUGCGCUGUUGGAGAGCAGAAGAUCCAUCUGCUCUGACAUGACCCACAAAGGCAGAAUGACGGCCGGCGAUAAUCCCUGGCCUGCGCCAUGUUUCGGCACAAUCCAGCCAACGACCUGGAAGGACGACCAAGGUCUUCAAUUCAUUGUCCAGAUGGCAAAGCGAUCGUUAGAACAGAAGUAUCAGCAAAGCCAUGACAAGAUCGUCAUCAUCAUCUUGUGUUCUUUCGACAAGCAAGAGAUGUGCAAGCGUGUGGAGACAGCGGGACUCAGCAUCAAGGUAUGCACAGUUGGUUCUGUCCAGGGUAAGAAGUGUUCCUGUACAAACUGCACAUGA